AUGUGUGCAAAAUAAUAUUGACAAUAUUUUUAUUUGAAAUGAAAGAGAGGAUCCAAAUACCCUAAUUUCCUACAUUCUUCAUCUCUACGAGCCAGUUUUCCCCAAAUCCCUCGCCGCCGCUCCGUCAGAAGAUUUCAUCACCGCACUUCAUUCAGGUGUUCAUUCAUGGCGGAGGAAAAAUCUCAUUCAGAGAAUUUACUAGAAGAAAAUGGAACUUCAGAGGAUCCAACUCAUGUAGAACUAGAAGGGGCUGGUGAUCUUUCUCUGCCUUCACAAAAAGAGGAAGAUGAUGGUAAAGAAGUUACAAAGAAGAAAAAAAAGAAGGCUAAAAACAAGAAAAAGAAAGAACUCCUUCAGCAGACUGAUCCACCAACAAUUCCUGUUAUUGAUCUUUUCCCAUCUGGAGAUUUUCCUGAAGGUGAAAUUCAGCAGUACAAAGAUGAUAACCUAUGGAGAACUACGUCAGAGGAAAAGAGAGAGCUGGAGCGCCUUCAGAAACCACUAUAUAAUUCGGUUCGUCGAGCAGCAGAAGUUCAUCGUCAGGUCCGCAAAUAUAUAAAGGGCAUUUUAAAGCCUGGAAUGCUGAUGACUGACUUGUGUGAAACAUUGGAGAAUACUGUUCGUAAGCUAAUAUCAGAGGACGGUCUGCAAGCAGGCAUUGCAUUCCCCACAGGAUGCUCCUUAAAUUGGGUUGCUGCUCAUUGGACCCCAAAUUCGGGAGAUAAAACUGUACUUCAGUAUGAUGAUGUGAUGAAGUUAGAUUUUGGCACCCAUGUGGAUGGAUAUAUUGUGGACUGUGCUUUUACCGUGGCAUUCAACCCAAUGUUUGAUCCACUGCUUGAAGCCUCUCGUGAAGCCACCAAUACAGGAAUUAAGGAAGCUGGAAUUGAUGUGCGCCUUUGUGACGUUGGUGCCGCAAUACAAGAGGUCAUGGAAUCUUACGAGGUUGAGAUUAAUGGGAAGGUGUAUCAAGUUAAGAGUAUACGGAACUUGAAUGGCCAUAGCAUAGGCCGCUACCAAAUCCAUGCUGGAAAAUCUGUUCCUAUUGUGAAAGGAGGAGAGCAAACAAAGAUGGAAGAAGGUGAAUUCUUUGCUAUUGAGACCUUUGCGUCAACAGGGAAAGGAUACGUACGAGAAGACUUGGAAUGUAGCCACUACAUGAAAAACUUUGACGUUGGUCAUAUCCCGCUUAGAUUGCCUAGAGCUAAGCAACUGCUAGCGACUAUUAAUAAGAACUUCUCUACUUUGGCCUUUUGUAGACGGUAUUUAGAUCGCCUUGGAGAAACCAAAUACUUGAUGGCAUUGAAGAACUUGUGUGACGCGGGCAUUGUUCAGCCUUACCCUCCUCUGUGUGACGUGAAAGGAAGCUAUGUAUCACAGUUUGAGCAUACAAUUCUACUCCGACCAACAUGCAAAGAAGUUAUAUCAAAGGGUGAUGAUUACUAACGCAAAUUCGAUGUGGUUUAUUGUUGAUGGAUGCAUAUUGUACCUUCUAUAUGAAUUGUUCUCAGUAUACCAUCAACACGUCGGUCAUAUGACUAAAGGUGUGCCUGCAGAUUGUUUUUACUCAUUUGAUAAUUAGCAUAUGUUGUCAAUCUGAUAGUAUCAUAGAAAUGUUCCUCCCUAUUAAGCUGAUUUACUUAAUUUACAAAACAUGGUAUUGAAACCAAACUUAAUCGGCUGGUCGAUUCAGAAACCAGCCAAGUAUUGGUCCAUUUCUCGAAA